UAAGAAUUGCUUUCCCAAAUAAGGGUGGAUUGGGUCUUGCUAGAUGUGGACCCAUAAAUGCUGCUCUAAGGUCAACAUAACUUGUUAUUUCUUGUCGAUUGAGAGGGGUCCACAGGUCCUAGAUCUGUGCUUAGUGACAACCACCCCCUAUAGCUGGAAAUGACUGGAGUUGUGCAAAAUUCAUUAGAGCAGGUGAGAAUACAUUCCCUACAUUUUCUGAGUUUAAUUGAGUGCUACUAUAAAUAGAUGGUUGAGCCCAUAGCCUAAUAAAACUAUGUGCGCUCUAUGCCUACUGUACACAAUUGUAAAAGUCCGCCACCCUUUGGUACAACCAAACUUGGAGCAAUGAUUUCUACCUAUUUAUUAUGGUAAAUAAUUUUACACGCUCAACAAACAUCACUUAUUGCAUGCAAAUUAUAUAUGUGUAUUAUAACAACACUCCUUUCGUGGCCUAAUGAUGAUCCGUGCUGUCAAAUAAAAAAGUAUAUUUGUCGUUGUUGUGAGCUAUUCAAAUAAUUUAGCCUUAAGCUUUUCUAAACCAUGCCAUUCUGUGGUGCUGAAGUAAGCCGUGCACUCCUAGUAGAGCCGUUUGACGAUUUACACAUCGCGUGCGAACAAACCGCUUCUCGUGACAGUAGGACAGACGCUUCUCAGGCAAAUUCUGCCUUCAUUGCAGGAAGUGUAGCGAAGCAGCAGUACAGCGCAUGCUCCGAGAACUCUCUGCAAGCAAAUGAUGAAUUCUCUGCAGUAAAACGCAGUCCAGGGAGUGGUCAUGGCAGGUGCUGAGGUCACAGUGUCCUCAAGGAAUAUAGUGAUGGUGAAGGAAGAGGAGGAGGAAGGGGAGCCCUGUGAGAGCCAUAAGACUCAAGUCAUCCUCCACCUGCAGCCCAUCAUACAGGGGGCAAAUGAGGACAACGCUAACACUGGCUCCUCUGUCCUAGCCAUAGAGACACACAAUGAAGACAAUCUUGCGGAGGGUGAGGAGGUUGAGUAUGGAUACCCCAUCACCUGUGGCGAAAGCAAAGCAGUCCUCCUGUUUAAGAAGUUUGUCUGUCCUGGCAUCAACAUCAGAUGUGUCAAGUUCAAUGACCAGCUGAUCAGCCCCAAGCAGUUUGUUCACAUGGCAGGGAAAGCCACGCUGAAGGACUGGAAGAGGGCCAUCCGACUGGGAGGGGUGAUGCUCAGGAAAAUGAUGGACUCAGGUCAGAUUGACUUCUACCAGCAUGACACAGUGUGCACCAACACCUGCCGCAGCACCAAGUUUGACGUGUUGAUCAACAGCACCCGCUUCCUUCCGGGCAGCGCCAUGCAGCCCCCCCCUUCCCCUCUGCCCAUAGAUGGAGGCCAUGCUGCAGUGUCAGAUGAGAGGCUAGAGGAGAAGGACUACAUUACAGUGGAGUGGAGCCCUGGGCCAGCCCCUCCCAUCCCCAGCACAGCCAAUGGACAUGUCAAGAGGAAAAGGGGUGAUAUCAUCCCUGAUGGCAGUCUAAGCUUUUGGAGAGGCAUAGCAGAAGUUGGCCUGAUGGGGGAGGUGUUAUCCAGUUUCCGCACAGAACUGGUGGCCAUGUUGAGAGGAGUGGAGGUCCGCAGUGAGAAGGCCAUUUUGCAAGAGGCCGAUGCUGUUGUACUGAACUCCCUUUCUGAGAUGUUUGGGCUGCUGGACUCAGUUAGGAGGGUUCUGGACCUGAGACGCAGUAAGACUGAUGACAACCAGCAGCAGGUCCACAAUGCUCUUAAUGUGCUGGAGGACCAUUUGGAGGACCAGAGAAAGCCGAGGCAGGAUGAGCCCCCACCCAGCCCUGGUCACCUCUACGUGGGCAGCUUCUCCAAGGCCAUCCCCUCAAAGUGCCCGCGGCUGCAUCGCUCCAGCUCUUCCACCACCCAGCCUCAGAACCAGACCACCCGAUCGUCCAUCGUCUUAUCCCCCAUCACCACAUCCCCAGUGGGUCAGCCUCUCAAUGUGGCCGGCCUGCCUGUGGGCACACUGGCCCAAUUCCCCACCAGCUCCCAGCUCUUCACUUACUUCACCACUGGCAACACCUCUGCAGGAAAGAGAGGCAGUGCCGGGUCUGUGGCUCUCCAUGCAGCCUCCAGGGUGACUGUGCUCAACACUACCACAGAGUCAGGGGUGGGGACCCCUCUACAGGUGCUUCAUCUAACCCAGGAGAGGGAGCAGGAGUCUGGGGACAUGGAGAGCCAGAGGCUGGGGCUGGGAGAGGAGAGGAGAGGAUAGUACUUGUGCAGCACGGGCUACUAGUGGACACUCCAGGGAUUCAGACACACUAGGCUGGGAACAGUGGGGGCUCAAUCAGAGAUGGAGGAAAAGGGGGAAGAGGAGGAGCAAGGGAGGGACAGGAGAGUGAAGGUACAGAAGGAAGUGUUGCAUAAUGUAGAGCAUGUCUUUGGCAAGAAGAGGGCAUUAAAAUAACAGAAAACCAAGUGAGAGAAGAGAGAACCAUAAGGAAUACAGUUGAAAGAGAAUAGAGUGAGCGAGCGAGCGAGAGAGUGUGUGUGUGUGUGACUGAGUGUCUGUGUGGAAGAGAGCAAGAAGGUGAACUUCACCAUGUCAUGUCAUGUGUAACUCCACACAGACAUUUCAGAUUUUAGGCUAUAUGUGUAACAUAAUUUUAACGUACAGUACUUUUUCACAUGGUGUUUAUUACUGCAGGACCCAUAGUACUUCAAUUACCGAUGGUCUUCAUCAUCAAGGACAUUCAAAUACUUAAUGAUAGGGGAGAGUGGGGUAAGUUGAGCCGUUUUUUACAUUCAGCAUCACUCCGUCAAGGGAAAUAUAGUAUUCUUUCUAACAAAGAUAUCUACAUAUAUUUCAGGAUGUUGUGUAUCCCUGGAAAAAAUCUGAUUCAUGUAAAUAUUACAGUUUUGUGGGACAGGGUAAGUUAAGCCGCCUAUUACAAAUUUCUGUACUGAAUGAAAUAUUACCACUACCAUAUUCAAACCAUGUCUAUUUUUAUUUCCCAAACACAAAUCAACACAAUCACAAUCGCUUUUUUGUGUUUUAAUCAUUUAAAGCAUAUUUUAACACAAGCUUAAUACCUAACAAACACUUGGUACUUUUUAAAAACAAUUUUAACAUAGGCCAGGCCCCGUUGUUACCUCUUAUCCCAGCGAUAAUGCGGAGAAAACACUUACAUUUGCUCAACUUGCCAUUGCGUCAACCAUUAGCUCAACUUACCCCAUGGCCAUUGGCUCAACUUUCACC